CAUCUGAAGCCAUUCAGUCUGACACGUGUCAGUGUCGUUCUGGAGGGAUGACGCUUGUUUGACUCCUGUGCGUUCUAUCUAGACAAGAGAACUGCUGGCUCUUUUUUCACUUUUCGUGAGGCUGGAGAUCAGGCGUCAAAACAGUGGCGAUAUUCAGCAUAUAGUUAAUUGCUAACUGCUGAUAGUGGAACGAAGAAGAGAAACAAGCACUCAGCUGUCCAAAGAACAGAUUCAACGCAUUAAACGGAGACAUGUCCCGGUUGAAUGUAGUGCACUGAAGUGUUUGGUGGCAAAACUGAACUGCAAGGAUGCCUGCAGUGUCAACAGCAGUCAAAGAUAUUUAUCUGUCUGACUCUUUGAGUGACCUCAACAAGAAGGCAGAGGUCAAGGGGGACAAGAUAAGCACCAGAAGCUAUGUACAGAGUGCCUGCAAAAUAUUCAAGGCGGCUGAAGAAUGCCGCCUGGACCGAGACGAGGAGAAAGCGUAUGUGCUCUACAUGAAGUACUUAGCAGUGUAUGAUCUCAUUAAGGGAAGACAGGAUUUCAAGCAACAAUCGGCUUAUUUCCUGACCAUGCUUGGGCCCACCAGCUUAAAGAAGUCACUUGAGGAGGCAGAGAAGCUGGCACAAAGCCUUAAACUCAGGUAUGAGGAAAUUGAGGUGAAAAAGAAACUAGAAGAGAAAGAGAGACAGGAGGAGAAGAAAAGAAAAGAGGAGAUGAUGGAAAAAAAUGCGCUAGGUGCAACAAAAGGAUCUUUGGCAGCCAAGAAGGAUGUUCAAAAGGUGAAUGGAGAAAAGAUCGAGGUGACCGAAAAAGAGGUGGUACCAGCUGGCGGGAUAACAGCAGAGAAACUGUUUAAUAUGAUGAAGGACCAGGCCAUAAACAUCAUUGUCAUGGAUGCCCGAUGCCAGAAAGACUUUGAUGAGUCUCAUAUUCAGGUCCCGACUCAGGCCUGCCUUAGUGUACCAGAGGAAGCCAUCAGCCCAGGAAUAACUGUGAAUCAAAUUGAGGUAAAGCUCCCAGAAGAUUCCAAAGAACAGUGGAAAAAGCGUGGCUUUGCCGACUAUAUAGUGAUACUGGACUGGUUCAGUUCUGUGACUGAUCUGAAACUGGGAACCACACUACAGAGCCUCAAAGAUGCACUCUUUAAGUGGGAUAGCAUUACAAUACUACGGAGUGAGCCACUGGUCCUGGAGGGUGGCUAUGAGAACUGGCUUCUGUUCUACCCCAUGUACACCACCAAUGCUAAAGUACGACCUCCAAGACAAAGUAUUGUCAACAACCUCCCGCAACUGAAUUUCAGUUACCCAUCUCUUGAGGAGCCGAAGCCUCCAACACCUCCACCAGCUGAACCUGAGAUUAUUGCUGAAACUGAGCAACCACAAACUCUAAUGAAUGGACUUCCACCUGAAGCACCCCAAACCUCUCCACCGGCAACAGCACCCAUUGCUACUGAUAACAGACCAGAUACUCUUGAUGCCUCCAUCUCUGUGUCGAAGAAUUUGUUGCAUGAACGGAGUAAAAAGGCACCAGUGGGAGGAACAGCCAAAAAGCCACCGACAACAACCAAAGCAUUUCCUCAGUUCGAUCGGACCAAGAAGCCCACUGUCCAAUGGUCAGAUCAGGCUAAACCUAACAAAGGUGCAGCUCACAAAGACUCAAAUCGAAAUGGACCCCUUAUUCCGGACCGGUCAGCGAAGCCACUGGCUAAAGAGGAGCAGGGUCAGCCACACUCAGAGGCAACAGCUGUGAAGGCCUGGCUGGACCAGGAGAAAGGCAUUGAGGAGUGUCGUGUAGAAGAGGAUAGACGAGAAAAGGACUUGAAAGAGAAGCAAGACGGAGAGGACUGUGAGAAAAAGGAGGACGAUGACAAAAGGAAUCAGGAGAAGAAGAAGUUAGAAAGACAGAAAGCUGAGGAUGAAGACGACAAGGAAAACCAGCCGUGGGAAAAUAAAGAGAGUAGGGGAAAGGAUCAGAGCGGUGACACACCUUUGAAGAGCAUGUCGUUGGACUCGCCUGUACCCAACAAUAUUGUGAGUGAAAUUAAGAGGGAGCCACUGACCAGGGCAAGGAGCGAGGAAAUGGGCCGAAGUGUCCCCGGCCUUCCAGUGGGCUGGAUGAAGUUCCUUGAUACAGUCACUGGAACCUAUCGAUACUAUCACUCCCCGACCAACCGCGUCCACCUAUACCCUCCAGAAGUGACAGUUCCUCAAACCCCGCCAUCGACGCCACCAACAGUAAAGCAAAAACCAGCAAGAGUGGCAGAGCAGGACACCAGCCAGGAGCAGGAACGGGAGCAGUCCAAAUUGAAACGCUCCUAUUCUUCCCCUGACAUCACCCAAGACCUUAGAGAUGAGGCCCAGAAGAAGACCCCCACCCCACCCCCUUCUACUGUCACCCCCACUGUAAACAGAGAGACAAAACCUGCUCCUGCCAAGGUGUAUUCUAAAGUGGAGAUUGUGCGACCAUCAGCUGCCAAACUCCGUAACCUAAACCCAACUUUCGGAGGUCUGGGUGCUACCUUGACAGGUCUUCGUAACCUUGGCAACACCUGCUACAUGAACUCCAUCCUGCAGUGUCUCUGCAAUACUCCAGCCAUGGCAGAAUACUUCAACAACAAUUAUUACCUGGAGGACAUCAACAGGUCCAACAUUCUUGGCCAUAAGGGAGAAGUGGCGGAGGAGUUUGGUGUGAUCAUGAAAGCUCUGUGGGCUGGCUUGUACAAGUGUGUGAGUCCAAGAGACUUCAAGAUCACCAUCAGCAAAAUCAAUGACCAGUUUGCUGGUUAUGACCAGCAGGACUCCCAGGAGUUGUUGCUCUUCCUCAUGGAUGGACUUCAUGAGGACCUCAACAAGGCCGACAACCGGAAGCGAUACAAAGAGGAGGAGAACGACCAUUUGGAUGACCAGUCUGCUGCUGAUCUGGCCUGGAGCAAGCACAAGAUGCUCAAUGAGUCCAUUAUCGUGGCCCUUUUCCAGGGUCAGUUCAAGUCCACCGUGCAGUGUCAGACCUGUCACCGCAAGUCACGAACAUUUGAGACCUUCAUGUAUCUGUCGCUGCCUCUGGCCUCCACCAGCAAGUGCUCCCUUCAGGAUUGUCUGCGGCUCUUCUCCAAAGAGGAGAAGCUGACUGACAACAACAAGGUGUUCUGCAGACACUGCAAGGCCCACCGAGAUUCCAGUAAGAAACUGGAGAUCUGGAAGGUUCCGCCUAUCCUCUUGGUGCACCUGAAACGCUUCUCCUACGAGGGCCGGUGGAAGCAGAAGCUACAGACGACGGUGGACUUUCCUCUGGACUGUCUGGAUCUGACCCAGUAUGUCAUCGGACCUAAGCAGAACCUGAAGAGAUACAACCUGUAUGGAGUCUCUAACCACUACGGGGGCUUGGACGGCGGUCACUACACAGCCUAUUGCAAGAACGCCCAGAAACAACGUUGGUACAAGUUUGACGACCACGAAGUCUCUGAGAUCUCCACCUCCACGGUCAAAUCCUCUGCGGCCUACAUUUUGUUUUACUCCACACUGUGAGGGAACGCGAGUGACGCCUCGGUUGAGAGGUAGUUUGGACAAACGUCCCGGCUCUUUGGGUCCCGCCGCGUGGCUGGUGGAAGCCUGAGUGAUAUUGGAGUGUCUUCAUUUUCUAUGGUUGGGAGACAGGAAGAGUGGUCGGGGUCAGCGCCGUCGGUAGCUUUUACUUCCUAAACGCUCGCGUAAUGAGUUCACCGACUCUAAUCUAGAUGAUAUCAUGACAGUGGUUUUGGCAGAUGCUACACGCCAAUACCUGCUGCGCUCAGUGUGUGGUAGUGAGGGGCGUGGCAUUCCUCCGCUUUAGAUGGCAUGUACAUACUUACUAAUGCUGACAUUGCACUUUAAACCAUGUAAAUACUCUAAGCAAGCUGUUAAUCUCUGAAGUGACCAACUUUUUCUUCUCAACAAUAGCAGCCAAAUUAGUGAGGAGGGGUCUUCUGUUUUCUGAAAUCAUCUGGCUCAUAUUGGCAACGCUUUAUCAUCAAUGGAAUUGUGUAGCACUUCAAGGCUGCUGAGUGAUCAUUUGCUAAUCUGGUGAAACAUUCUACUAUCGACAUGAUAUGACCAGGCCAAUAGGUGAAAUGUGUGUCGUUCUGGAUUGGUACUAUUAAUAUGGACAUUGGCAGCGCACGGCUUCACACGGUUUCUUUGCCUUGCAUGAGAUCAAAAACUGUUCCAUUUGUGUAGAUUUGAUUUUGUAUUCCUUUACAUCAUCUUAACAGGGGUCAUAUAUAACCUUCAAUAACUUGUAUAUCUAUUUAUUAUUAAAGUUCUUUGAAUUAUUUCA